CGAAUGAAGUGAAAGGCAGCCAUUUAGUUGUAUUGCAACUGCAAAGUGAAGGCCGUGGACAAUUUUUACGGAAAAACACCCCGAAAAUAGGACACAAGAGUGUUUGUGUUUUCACAGAAGAUGAGCACAGCCUCUCUCAAAGGCUAACGGAUUGUUAUAUCGGUCAUACUUUGUAAAUUUACCGGAAAUGUUUUCGCAUUGAGCAGCAAGCUGGUUUUAUUUUACACGAGGAAAAGCCUGCGAUGGGAAAACACCAAGUAUUUUAAGCUAAGAGUUGGUUUGUCUCUAGUAAGGGAACAUGGAGUUUUACGAACCGAGUAGUGUGCAGUUAAAUGGAAUAACACGUAUCGACCCGGACGAAUAUAACCCUCAAACUUUUGGUCCAGCAGUUGACCGGUAUGGAUUUGUUGGAGAGCAUAAACAGGCAUCGUAAGUUUAUUUUAAUACCUUUUAAGUCUUUUUAAUAGCACUGUUUCUGUUUAAAUUUAUUGAAGAAAACUCAGAAUGUCCAACCAGCGUGGUUUGGUUGUAUCAAUAAUAAUAAUAAUAUUUAACUACGUAUUUUGUAUGAUGUCAUUACCACACAUGCACAAUACCAUUGAUCAAGCUGAAAAUUAAGAAAAAAAAUAUUAAACUCUAUUUAAGGGGGGUUUAUGCAAUGUCUUGGGUUUGUUUCAAAGUUUUGCUAAUGCUGUGAUGAAAUUAAUUAAGAAAUUAAAUUUGAUGUUAGCACAUCAGUGGUGCAAUGUUUAAAAGCAUUCAUCAUCGGGGUGGCAACUUGUAUUUAGUACAAAAGGUGGGUUUAAACAAUGUGUUGGGCUCGUUUGACACUAAAUUACACUAAAAACAGGAAUUAAAUUCUAUGGCAGGACAGCAGUAGCAGACUUUUUAAAACCGAGGCAACUUGUAUUUAGUUUGACAUGGCUAUUGAAGUUGACAGGGUCUGUCACAAUAAAUUGGCAGUAGUAUGGCCUGGUUUCAAACAAAGCACUUCUGCCAAGUCAAACUAAAUUUAUAAAUUUUGUAAAUGCAUAUGUUUAGCAUUUCGACUGUAUUGUGCAUGCAGUAGCUGACAGUUGGCUAGCACACAGUGCACUCUGUGCACCAGUUAAGCAGAAAGCCAGAAGGUUCCUCUCACACCAUUGUAUUAAUAAUAAUAAUAUUAAUAUUAAUAUUAAUAUUAAUAAUAAUAAUAAUAAUAAUAAUAAUAACAACAAUAAUAGUCAUUUAUACAGUGCUUUUUCCAUAAAUGCUCAAAACCGCUUUACAGUGUUCAUAGUAAAAGAAAGUUUUACAACUCAAUUGUAAAACACAGUUAAUGGAGCAUGAUGCUCUCAAUCAGCAACAUGUAAGGCAGUGUUAUGCUAUAGUCCUUAUCAAAUCUCAUAGAAUUUUACUCGUAGUGGGUAAAAGUACUGGGUAGUACGUAAAAUCACUUUUAUAGCUGGAAAAUUACUGAUACAUUAGCAAUCCUUGUUUUUGUUGCAAUUGGGGCUAGUUUCUAAUGUAUUGCUCGUUUUGUAUGGCUAGUAAAAAUAAUUUUCCUCAUGGCCAUCUCGUGAUGCACUUACUGUUCAGUAGUACAGUAUUUUUAAUUGGCUUUCCUCGGGAUAGCACUCAGACUAUAAAAGGCCUAGUAAAUGUCCUGUGUCUCAUUCCGAGCUUUAUUGCUAAGUUGGAAUACUUCAACCAUCCUAAAGUUUCGUAAUUCUCACCGUUCCCUCCCUUUGGAGGCUUUGUUGUUGUUCCUAAUAAACAAGGGCUCACUACUUUCUUUUGCCUUCGGUUUAAGUCUCACGGCGACUUCCCUGAGCUUUGAUUUUAAUGCAAACUUUUAUAUUUGAUUGUAUUCCAGCACAUGCCGGCGGAAUCAGCUCGUAGUGCUGAUAAGAUAAAGUUCCUAGAACAAAAUAUUUGCCUACACUCUUCCAUUAAGUUGCACAAUGCUGGCCAGAGGUUUCAGCUCAUAGUGCCAUGGAGUGGUAGGCCGUAUUAAGUUUGUUUCCUUUGGACCUACCCAAACUUGUCCGAUCCAUCACACGUAAAUUAGCGUCGGGGAGAUAAGUAGGGCUUUAGGGUCACGCUAUGGAAGUCAUCCACCACACCGAUCAUGGAGCGGUGUUCCCCCCAUUACACCAUAUGUUUUGUUGCCGUGUUUUAUUACACGUUAAUUUUUAAAGUGUAGCUAAAGAAACUGCGACAUUAAGAAAAUUAUAAAACCUAAGACAAGAUUUACAAGUUUUUCACUAGUAUGAAAAUUAGAAGUUCUUAUUGUUCUUCUUAGUGUUAUGUGAUCCCUUUUGGAAACAAAAAGUAUGUUGAUUAAACUGGUGAUUCUCUUCAUUUUGUUUGAUGACUGAAAAGGUGACUGGCAAUGAAAUUUAUUACUUUAAAAUCGAAGCUCUACAAUUCUCCACUUUUACAUGGUUUAAGCUUGAACCCUUGUCACAACACUUACAUCUGUUUUAUUGAUAGAAAUCUUGAUUCACUGACUACAAUAAACUUUAAAUAUUUGCAAACGACUAGCUUCAGUGACUUUUGCAUGUGAGAUAAAAAUAAUGGUCUUAAUACAUGUAUAAUGCAGAAUAUUUUUGGCUAUUUUCUCCUCAAGGUGUUCACAAGAAUCAGUAUUAGACUGUACGAUAAACAAGGCUCGAAGUUCGAGGCCAAAUGUUUUAAAAGUCAGUGGAGGUUAUAUAUUUAUAUUUAGUGAGUCAUGUUUCAUCAUUCUCCCACUAAAAGUUUCAAGCUCUUCCUGAAGUAAUUUGUAGUGACUUAAACAAUUCUCUGGAUUUAUGUCAUUUCUCAGGAACUACAAGUUGAAGUUAGUUUAAUCAUUAAUCAGAUAGUUAUUUUGAUUGGCUAUUCUUGUGACAGUUAAAAUUUUGUUGUCCUUGUUUAAAAGAAAAAUGGAGCUGAUCAAAAGUAAGCUGUGUUUGUGGUCAAAUAAAUUUACUGGUAGCAACUGGUUUUGUGAGAGACAAUAUGAAAUCUGACUUCUGAAAUAAUCAUAAAUCAAACUUGACGCUGCUUGUUUCACUGCAGAUCUGAAGUUGUACUUAAAUAAUACAAGAUCUCAGGAUCCUAAAUUGAUUUAUCAAUGUUUUUGGACUAAAAACGAAUGUUCAACGUUCUUCCAUAAUUGCCUAACUCCGCCACUGCAUGAUGCUGGGAGAAAUUAUUAAAAACUACUGAUUUAGGAAAAACUUCUACUGCCGGGCCUUGACUAUCAGUUUUUAGAAGCAUUUUAAACAAUAACAAAUGACCUCAAUGCAUCAAGGAUGAAAAUGGCACUGCACAUAAAGCUCAAGUUAAGAUAAUUGCUUUUAAUUGUUUUGUUAGCUAUUAUAACCUCUCACAAUGUUGUGUCUAAACAAUAUUGCCAUUCACUAUAACUUAUCAUCUAAUAACAGCAGAUUUUUAUACUAUUAAAUCAUAUUUAAUGUAGUUAACGACCAGGAGCUAUGGUCCCGGGUGUUUUUGGCAUUCUUUGGUAGCGCGUUGGUCAUCUGUAGCGUUGUGCGUGACUAUGUUUGCGUUUGUAGUAGCCUGCGUAGCAGUACUUCCAAGCGCCUGCUACGCAGGCUACGUUUGUAGCGUUUACCAUUGUUCGUGAGCUGGAGGGCAGAUUCCUGUCCAGCGGUAUGUCGCUUUGGCGCAUGCGGAGGCCACGUGCCUACCUUGGGUUUGCGUUGUACUCGAAGGUUUGUUAGCGUGGCGUGGCGUGGCGUGGCGUGGCGUGGCGUUCCAGUAGCGUAGCGUUUCUCUUGGUUCCCCUCCCUCCCUCCGCUUUCUUUCUUAUUUAGGGAACGCGUCCAAAUAUCGGUAGGGAACCCGAUCAUGGGAAACGGACCCGAUUAAUUUUCCGAUUGAUGGGAAUCGGUACCGAUCUAUAGGCACCAGUUGCCGUUUCCGAUUACGAUAAAAUCUUUGCCGAUUCAAUCGGAGCCGGUUGACAUUCCGAUGUUCACAUAGGCGUACGGGCCGGGGGGGCGAGGGGGGCUGCAGCCCCCCCAAAUUUUGGGCAACUCAGUUUUUUUGGGCAGCAACAGAAAAUUUGGGCGAAGCCUCCAUGGUUUCUUCUUGGUUAUUUGAUUAUUUUGAAGACCUGUAUAUUAACCUGAAGUCGGCGUAAUAAUCCAGUUACAUUCACACGAGACAGUGGUAGCAUCAUAAGUAAUUUAUAUAUAAUUGUAGUUUUUUUAUUGUCUGGCACUGUACUGCACUGCACUGGCUGGCAUGGUUUAUUUCCAGUUUGUGAAUUGAUUAGAAUAAACUUCGCAUAACUUUCUAGAAUCAUCUCCACUCGAAGAACAGUGUAUGGCAGAUUGUAUUAGCAAUGGGUCUCACUAAUUUUUCACAUAGAUGUUCACAUAGGCGUACGGGCCGGGGGGGCGAGGGGGGCUGCAGCCCCCCCAAAUUUUGGGCAACUCAGUUUUUUUGGGCAGCAACAGAAAAUUUGGGCGAAGCCUCCAUGGUUUCUCCUUGGUUAUUUGAUUAUUUUGAAGACCUGUAUAUUAACCUGAAGUCGGCGUAAUAAUCCAGUUACAUUCACACGAGACAGUGGUAGCAUCAUAAGUAAUUUAUAUAUAAUUGUAGUUUUUUUAUUGUCUGGCACUGUACUGCACUGCACUGGCUGGCAUGGUUUAUUUCCAGUUUGUGAAUUGAUUAGAAUAAACUUCGCAUAACUUUCUAGAAUCAUCUCCACUCGAAGAACAGUGUAUGGCAGAUUGUAUUAGCAAUGGGUCUCACUAAUUUUCAGUUUGAAUUACGAGAAGAAUCUGAAUUCUUUUAAAGAAUCUAUCGUUAGGUUGAAAAUUAUUCGCUAAUUUGGUAAAGUAGACCGAAAUGUUUACCAAACGGCUAACAAGAGGGCCUUGAUACAUACUAAUCAAAUCCUUCUUUCUAGCAAUCGGUGCAGAGCUGUCUCUACGGUCUUUCACACACGUUUUUAAAUAGAUGAAAACUACUAUGAGGUUAAAUUGCAUGUCAAAAGCGCCUCGUUUUCUACAGAUAACGGCCAGACAUCAAGAUACUCCUUUUCUUACCGUAUUUAUUAAGAUGAAAACUUCACCCCAAAAUAUCUCGAUAACGCUCUUACACAAUUUGCUUAAACUUCACGAACAUCGAGGCGACCAUAUUGGAGAAAAAAGCUCCUCUGAAAGAUUUUGUAAGGUUCCCAAUGCCGAGAAUUAUUGCUGAAGUAAAAUAGGUAAUGGCGUCAUUUCGUUGUUGUGACAACUCCGAUGUCAUCGCAACCCUGAUCAUGACAAAUUUUCAUCUUAAUACAACUCCCGGGGGGGGCACUUGGGUAUUUUUUUGGUGGGUAUGUGCCGCCCGAGACUCCAAAUUGGCACCCCGUUCUAGAAAAAUUUUCCCCUAAAAUUGAUACCCCGUUGUAGAAAUGGGCCAAUUUUUUAUACCCCGUUCUAGAAUUCGCCCUAAAACUGAUACCCCGUUCUAGAAAUGGGCCAAUUUUUUAUACUCUGUUCUAGGAUGCAACAAGAGUACAACGGUUUGCUUGUUAACGCAUUGAACCGUAUUUUUAAAAGCAAUCUGUCCUUGAACACUUUCAAAUGGCUGCUUACAAAAGUGGAGCUUUCGCACGUUCGAAAUAUUAUACCCCGUUCUAGAAAACGCCUCUGAAAUGGAUACCCCGUUCUAAAUCAGGAGCUUCAAAAUCACGACCCCGUUGGGCGGCACAUACCCGUAUAGGUAAUGUAUGGGAGUACCCCCCCCGGGAUACAACUGUGGUGGCAAUUUUUCCAAAUGCUUGUUUAUGGCGACUUAGUUAAUACUCAAACUUGCUAUUGACCCUGAAAAUAAUUGUAUCGAGCCACCUUCAUAUGCCAGUACGGCCUACGUUGUUGUAAUACGGCCCUCCUUUCUUUCCGACUCUUUCGCAAAAAUUUGGGCAGCCUGCGAGAUUUUUUUGGGCAAUUGGUUUACCGCCCCCCCUGGCAAAAAAUUUCCCGUACGCCUAUGGAUGUUCAUAUGUGUCAUCGUCAUAUUAUUUUAUCUGAUAUGUAAAAUGAAGCGUGUCACGAAACCAAAUAAUGAAAGAGUCGUUUCACUCCAAAGUAAUUUCAAUCGACUGUACCUUUUUCCUACUCCAUAACAAAUAACAAUAUUGUAUGUUCCUGCAUGUUGUGUUUCGAGUUUGUUGAUUUGAUGCGUGCCUAUACACGUGAUUUUCGGCGUUUUGCAGAGGUAUUUCCUUCAGUCGAUCGCAAACACCACGCUGCUCCAUAACAUUUAUUCUAUGAAAAUUAAAAGGAGUUAAAUAUUACGACGCAAAACACCACUGUUCUUCGUUGAUAUAUAGCAAACAAAACACCUUACUGAGUAGAGUGUUUUUUACUCGAUACUUUCUAACAAUGCAAUCCAAAAACACAACCGGAACUCACUUUCUCGAAACACAGAUGGAUUCAUAGACUUGUUACAAGUAGACCUCAACGGGUUUCCUAGCGAGCGGAGCGAGAGCAAAACCAUGGAUAAUAUAAAACCACGGGAUAAACUUUUACGAAAAUUUGCGUCGUUCAUUCGACGAUCCUAAACGCAAGGUGUAAUGCGAUCUGAGGCAAAAAAUACCGACCAAUUAGAUUGCGGCCUCAGAUUGUCUCCAGGGAGUUAGCAACAAGAACUGAAAGAUUCCCACACUCGCGAGUCACGGAAGACACUGAACGAAGUUUCAUACAGGAACUAUCAAAGAGAGAAUGGCUUAGCGACUUUGCUGUAUGUUCUGUGAGCUUGAGCAUGGUACCACGUGAAAUUGCUUUCCACUCUCAGCACUUACAAAAAUCUGCGCUUGACUCUAGGUGGCUGACUGUUUGACAAAAAUCAGAACCUAUUUUACCGGAGUGUUCAACUAAAGCAAACUGGCAUACAUCCGGUAAGUUCGACUCAAUAGCAGAAAGACAAUCGAGAAAGAGAAAACCAGUUGAACGCCUCCAUCAGUCACUUUUUUGAGUUCAUAUGCAACCAAUAAACAACUUGCAGCUUGAUUCUCAGACGAUGUCCUCUUCUCUCCUGUGGCAAUUUAGCAGUUAAAGUACACGACAUGGUAACCGGGCAUGGUAACAACAUUUGCAUUUUGGUCGUGGAUGUUCUGACUUCUAUUUUUUUCGUUUACAGUCCUAAACUGUUUAUUCCUCCAAAGAUUCCUAUAACCAUGCGUUUUGGGUUCCGGUUAGCACAGGCUCAAGCUAUUUUAAAGUUAUCAUUUUUUAAAAUUAUCACAUCGUACACUUGCAAUGUACAUUGCGCCGUCUUUCACUCAAAAGAUACCUGCUGUUUCUUCUCGUGCCCAUUUUGAUACACAAAUUUAAUAUUUUCUGGUCAUACUCUGUCAUAGGAAAUACAAACAAAUGUUCGAAACUGUGACGUUAAAUUUCGGUUCAAACAAGACACAUUUAUAAGAAAGAUAAGGUUAUAAAAAACAACAUUCACGCUUUUGCUUUUGUGACGGGUUAUUUGAGCUGCCAGAUAUUUUUGAUGACCUUUGUUAAUUGGCCCGAUAAAGACUUGAGACCCGUUGCCGAUUCCGUUUCAUUCGGUGCCGAUAAAAUCGGGUCCGACAUUCAACAGAAUCGGAAAAAAUCGGUGCCCAAUUGAUCGGCAUCGGUGUGACCCGAUGCCGAUAUUUGGACGCGUUCCCUUAUUUAGUUAUUUAUUUUUUUCAGGGGUUGGUUCAUUUUACUUCCACUGGGCUUCUGGCCUCAGUGUGACGGGUGCUAUAAUGGGGGGCUGGGCGCGGGGGGGCUCGUGGCUGGGUUGCGGGUUGGUAGGCCUGUGGGUGUUCUUCCGCCUUGGGGGGUAUUGCGGUUGCAGCCCCCUGGCCCAUGGGCACCCAACCUCCACUUGUGACGCAGGCGUUAAUGUUUGAUAGUUAUUUUUCAGGUGAAACAAAAAAGCAUGUUUGGUAUUAUUUUAUCCAUUGAUAUGUAAGCUGUUGAAAAUGCAGGAAACCACAAGCCACAUUAAAUGUACCAAUGUAACUACAUGAUAAUUAUUAUUUUCCAUAUUUUUCACAGGGCAUCAAAACAGGCAGUUGCUGUAGAUGUUUUCAGACAUCGGGAGUUAAAAUGGGUAGAGAUGCUUCAAAACUGGGAUAAAUGGAUAACAAAGAAAUUCCCAAAGGUUGGUUUUGGCAGUAAAUGUAAGACCAAUGUGAAGGAUGUUAGGACAUUACAGUACAGAGGUGUACAUGUACAUGUAUGUGGGAUUUCUAGGUGGUCUCAAUAUGCAGCAACUGAAGAGAAGAAAUAGUGAAAAUUAUACAUCUUCCCCACUUACAUGUAUUAUAGUGGAACUUCGAUAAAAUAAACUUCUGUAUCGGAUAAACUUGUUAGUAUAAUGUAAAAUUUUCGGAUCAUUUUACGUUUCUGGGAAACUGCGCACCUACCCCUCCCCUAAGCCAACAUUAACACUUACUUCUCACUAAGGGCAAAAUGCUGGCUUAGGGGAGAGGUAGGUGGGCAGUUUCCCAGAAACGUAAAAUGAUCCAAAUUUUCUUUACCCCAGUAACAGUAAAAUAUAUGAAAGAGAACCUCAAAAACGAAUGAAAGAACCUCAUUAUAGCAAACAAAUUUUGCCAGUCCCUUUCCCCUUUGUUAUAUCGAGGAUCCUCUGUAAAGUAGAGAGUAGAUUAAGCAUAGAACACGAUCUUACUAUUAUUAUUAGUCUGAUGACAUCAAAGAAUGAGUCAGAUUAGCUCUGAAUGAUGUUUCAAAAGCUUUAUACUCUUGAAUUAAGAAUGAUUUAGUUCCUCUAUCAAGGUAAUGUAUUUUCAGGUAUGAGCUUUCUCUUGGAUCAGAAUGUGACAGGAUGUGAUAUCAUCACAUUUAAGUCAAGAGAAACCUUGAUAAGUAAUAUUAUACAGUGGAACCAUGCCUUACGGCCACCUCAGUAAUACGGUCACCUCAUUAUUACGGCCAGUUUUUUUUGUCCCAGCAAAAUGGCCAUUACACUUUGUUACAAAAAAACCUGCGUUAAUGCAGUCACCCAUUGAUACGGCCAACAGCCACAUGUUAAUAUCCCACAAUUACAGUAGAAUUUCUUAUAAUUUCACCCUGUUAAUAUGGCCAAUCCUUUGAAAUGUAGAAAAUUAAAAUGCCUGUGACAUGUCAAUCUUAUUGACCUAGAAAUCUGAGCUUAUUCUUGUGCUGUUUUUAGGCUACAGCACACCUACAUGUAAAAUGCACUUGUGGCGAUUUAUAGCCAAAUUUUAAGAGUUUCAUGUACCAAAGGAAAAUUUUAAAUGUUUUUUCAAUUACUGUAGGCAAUAUCUGCAUUCUGGUUGUUUAUUAAUGCGAACAAUCGUUCAAAAAAUGCGAAUGCAAUGUUGUGCCGUCUAUUAGUCAUUACAGCCCUCAAGUCAUAAAAUUUGAGCUUGCCCCAGUAAUAUCGCCACCCUUUUAAUACAGCCAUUUUUUUUUACCCAUUGGUGACCAUAUUAACGUGGUUCCACUGUAUUAACUUAACAAUGUAAUAAUUCUUUCAACAUAGUCAAUUAACAGUAGCAGGAGAUGAAACACUUGGGGCUGUAUCCCAGUCCACCCCUUAAUACCCUUUCAACCCAUUGUAGCUUACCACAUCCAGGGUCUAUAUCCCUUACCCUUUAUAACCCUUUCACUAUAUGUAUUCUAUGGCAAGAUUGUUUCUCCAACCUUUCCUAUGGCGUUAACCUCAUUGAUGGGACUGCAAAACAUAAGACUCUUUAGUAUAUACUUAAACAGUAGAUAGUGUUUUUCGCAUGCUCUGAUUGGCUACUCAAUCAGUGAAUAUCUUGCACUAUUCACUGGUUCACCUCCAGUUCCUCUGAGUGAGCAACGCCACACUCGCGUAAGUUGCCAGCAAAAUGCCUUCCCGGGUUGCCGCUGUAACAAACAAAGAAAUUUCACAACUAAUCAAGCAAGCUGUUCCGGAAAUACACGAGGAAGGUGAUGAAGUUCAGUUUGGAAGUUUUAACAGCUAAAGCUUUGUCUUUUUAACUUGAAUUUCUUGUUAAAACCAGUGAAAAAGUUUUUUGUUUACAAAUGCAAAUUAAACUUAAAUCUUAUGUGUAAGUCUUAAGCGUUACUUUAUUUAGUUGACUUGUUCAUAAAUAAGCUAAAAACUAAAUUUAAUAAUCUUUUUUACAAAAUGAUUUUCUGUUUGUUACUGCAGAAUGUCUCUCUAUUUUUUCUACAUGUACCUGUACGUUGUCAUUAUUAUUACCAUUGGUAGUAAUUCCUUUUGUUCUGGAUCUCUUAGCAAAGUUUGCUUUGUGUUUCAAUGCCUAAUUUGGCAAAACUUUUAAAUAAAAAAAUGAAUUUAAGUGAACUAAUGAAUAGACCAUCAAUUUAAAUUACUGUUUUGCAGCAUUGAUGUUUUUAAGCAGCCUCAUUUGAGAUCAUAGUAGUGAAGUUAAUAAUUCUUCAGUGUAACAAUUUGUAUAGGUAAUAACAUGAUUUGUAGUGACAUUUGGCAUAAAUACCACGAGUGAUAUUUCAAAAUUGUUAUACAUAAUUUCACGAGCUGUUAGGCGAGUGAUACAUGAUUGUAUUUGAGACAAUUUUGAAAUACCACAAGUGGUAUUCAUGCCAUGUAUUGUGUACAAAUCAUGCUAUUAUUUGUUUAUGCUACUACCUGCAAAAGGUUUGUAAUUGUCACAUGUAGGUAUUUCAAACUAAGCUGAAAUACCACUGCUCUAAGCCAAUCAAAUGGCCGAAAUUUCUCAUGUAAUAGUAUAAAGCCAGUAAACUCAUUAGUCAGCAGUUCUAAAACUAGGUUGCUAAAAAGUCUUAGUAUUAAUUUUUUCCAAAAACUGAGCAAUCAAUUGCCAACCUGACAAAGACCUUGGUUGGCGUAUAUCCCAAGGUAAAACUCACCAACCAGUACAGAACCCCAUGCUGACCUUUUCUGACUAGCACAGACUUUUAUUGUUCUUAUAACUACUUUAAUAGACAGCUAGCAACUUUUCAAUGACAGACCAUUGAAAGUGGAAUCCCUUUUGCAAUUACAGGUCAAGGAAAGAUGCCGUAAAGGUAUUCCAUCCUCUGUUCGUGGAAGAGCCUGGCAGAAGUUAUCCGGAAGUGUAAACCUAAUGAAGAAAAAUGGUGGAUUGUUUGAGGUAGGAUUGUUUAGCAAAUCGCUUUUUUUUUAUAGACUGUUGUAUCCAAGAACGUUAUUUCAGUUUGUGAAAUUUCAGCAGUAAACUUAAUAGCAAGGUAAUAAGAAUUGGCUUUUUGAAUGAAACUUUGUUGCCUGUGUUUUGUUGUAACGCAGUCAUGGUAUUAUCUGUUGUGACAUUGCUAGGCACUUUAAUUGAACUUGAAAAAUUACGUGAAUGUAUAAUCACAGCAUAAUUUUCUUUUCUUGGUACAUAGCAAUAAAUUAUUUUGGUUAAGACGUGACUUAAGGGUGGCUGUUAAAAAUAAACGGUUUAGCUUUUUUCAUUUACUGCAGUAAAAAUGAGAUGGUUGUUGAAGUCAGUGAGAGCUAGAGAGCAGACAUAGUUCUGUUUUACAUUUAUGUUAGUCUUAACUUUCUGACAGUCUACCACAACACCGGUACCACUGUCUACCAUUGCAACAGUCAUGAAGGUAGACCAUGGCAGACCCUGUAGACUGUUGACAUACGUUGAAUAAGACACUGCUUUGUUGUAAAAUCUCUAUUUAUAUGAGCACUCAUUUUAUUUUGCCACUGGUUGUAGCUCAUGCUAUAUUAAACAGUUAUGGAAAACCAUGUUAGAUUAACACACUCACAUUCAUAGAUUUCUAUAUCUUAAAAAGUGGGGUCUGUUACGAUAGAAUCAAUGUCAACAACAACAGUGACAAGCUUUAUUUGCAUGACUAUAGCAACUACAGUAUUGCAAAAGCUAUUCAUGGCUAAUUUUUGAUUUGUUGAUUAAUUCUUAAGAUAAUUUAAAAUAAAAUGAAAUUAAGAAAAUCUGUCCUUAUUUUAAACUAUUCAUACAAUAGAAGUAAUCAUUCUAGAGAGAAGUUUAUCUCUCAGUCAAUGCUGGUGGUGUACAGGAGUGUGUUUGCCCAUUCUGCUCCCUUAUAUUUUCUCUUUUAUCCUAAAUAAAAAUGUAAUCUUAUAUUGAAAGGGUGUACGUAUUUAAUUAGUUGUACCAUAUCUUACCCAUUUCUCCAUUUUUCUUAUUAUUUUGUAUUUUUUAUCUGCUGUACUCUAAAAUAAAUAUUGGAAAAAGUGAAACUCAAAAUAUAAGGAAAACUUGACUUUUAUACCAGGGCCAGGUUGUUCAAAGCUGGGUUAAGAUAACCCAGGGUUAGUGCAAAAUUUGAAAUUCAGAAAUAAAAGCUUUCAAAGCAACUUCAGUUUAAUUCUUUUUAUUUACAAUUUGAUGAUAGGAUGCUCUAAAAAAGGAAUAAAGAAUUUUUUCCCCAGAAAAAGCUUUUGAACAAGAGAAAAAGAUACGCAGAUUAAAAUUUAAUCCGGGUUUGUGUCAAUCGGUCUUCAAACAACUGGGCCCAGUAGGUCCCUCCCCUCCCCUCCCCCCUUAUUGGUAGACCAAACCUCUUAUGUCCCACAGUUCCCAGGCACAAGAGACUUUGUUUUGGUGAGAGAUCCCCCUUCCAGUUCCCUUUCUUUUUUAAUCUCUCCCUGAAUGUCAUGUUCAUUUUUGUUUUGCAGUCACUUUUGCAGAGUCAUUCAGAGUGGGAGAAGGAUAUUAGCAAAGAUUUAAGUAGGACAUUUCCAUUCCAUCAGAUGUUUUGCGAACCAGAUGGACCAGGGUAAGUUGAAUAUCCAGCAUGUAAAGAAAUUAGUGUCUUAUAGCCUGUGGCUAGUGGAUGUUGAUGUCAGGCUAGUGAAUUCUUUUCUUAACACGGCUGUUGAGCAAGUAAAGGUUUUGGGAAAUUCAAAUAACAGAAGAACUGUAAUCAGUCCUGCUCAUCACAUUUUUGUUUUUGGGCUAGUUAAAAUAACUCUUGGACAAGUACAUGCUAGCUAGAGCUUGCCCAAAUUGCAAGCCGUAAAACUGACUUUUUUCACCUCCUGAUAACUGGCACAAACUUAGUGUACAUGUGUAAGACCAAAAAAAUAAUGGGCUUUAUUACAGAUUAAGAGGAGAGAGAUGUAGAUAUCAGAUUGUAUAGGACAGAGUUGUGGAGAGAUUAUUUUAGCCUGUUCUUGGUAUAGUGCAAUGUUUGUUAACCUCACACCCACAGUUUGUGCUCCAGUAGUGUUAGCUUAGUGGAGAUGUCUGUUUAACACAGGUUCAUUUUACAGGUGUGCAAAUACUUUUUCAUUUAGAAAAGGCUUUAUCAUGUUCAAACAGGACACUAUUUCAGUCUGAAAAAACAUGUAUGUGAUGAUUAUGUUGACUUCAAUCAUUUUUCAAGUACUUCAGUUCGAUUUAUCAUGACACCCCCUAAGGAAGGAUUCAGUUGGACAUGGGGCAUGACUACCUGUUAUUUUGAGCUCUGAUUAUUAUCAUGUUGUCCCCAGUUUGUGAAAAAAUGAAAGCUUUAAUUAACUGAAAACUGAAAUUAAAAAUUCAUGUGUAAUGUUCUUAUUUUUUUCAGGCAGAAGGAUUUAUUUAACAUCUUGAAGGCAUAUGCAAUUUAUGAUCCAAGAACAGGAUACUGCCAGGUACAUAUCACAUGUACGCGUAUAAAAGAUAUACUACAGCAACGUUUCUUUGCAUGGUUGUGUCAUAGCCAGAACACACCUGCAUCUUCUCAUCUACAUGUAGUUUGAUGUACCUUUGAUCAAAAUUCUUCCUACGUCAUUAGAUCUGCUAAAAAAUAAUUAUGUCAGCAUGCAAAGAAAGUAGUGUCUGAUAGCCGGGGGCUGGUGGAUUUUGCUAUCAGGCUAGUGAAUUCUGUUGUUAACUUGCCUGAUGGGCAGAACAACUGUGAAAUCAAUCUGCUCAUCAAAACGUUUUUUGGGCUAGUUGAAAUGAUAUUUGGGCUAGUAAAUGUUAGCUUCAGCUGGCCCGAAUGGCAAGCUGUAAAAAUGAAUUUCUUUGCACCCUGUAUGUAUGAUAUAAAAUAAUUAUUGUAAAAUUAAUUAUGGUAAAAUAAUUAUUGUAAACCCUUUUUGUGAUGAUUAAAUUAAGGCAAAAAUAAUUUAGCUCCUCUGUUUCCUAUUUUUCUGGGCUUUUGCAUAUUAUUUUAAGCAUCAUAUCUGUUGGAAAGUUCUGUUGAAAAUUAAUGCCAAGGAUCUGAAUGUAUUGAGGAAGUACGGUUGGGUAGUGGGGCAAGAUUUUCAUUUGAAUUUUCAAGUCAGUAUGGCAUGAUUUGUGAGUAAAUCUUUGCCUGUUUGAUACUCUGGGUGCGAGAGGCUUGCUUCCACACCUAAUUCCUGAUAGUUUGCAAAUAAAUGAAUGUGACUGUGUUCUUUUGGCAGGCAAUGGCUCCAGUAGCAGCUGUGCUGUUAAUGCAUAUGACAGCAGAGGUUAGAAAAUGCAUUGCAUAUUAUUAUCAUUUUAAUCAAUUAAGAGUUAUAUCAUAGUUAGAAACUUUUGUGACUUCAAUUAUUAAGAGUGUGUCCAUGAGAAAACCAGGCAGAACCAGGCAGGGGGUGAUAAUGCUCAAAUCACCGAUUUCGCUCAAACUUGGCACAAAAGUUAGGUAUCAGGAGUUAGCUUAUGUGACAGACUGUCAGGUCAAAAUAUUAAAUUCCCUGGGAGAUCCGGGCUCCCCCUGUAAAAAUCGCCAUUUUGCCCGUUUAUGCAUAAUUAAUUAGCUAACUUUACGAUGCCAGUGCAACAAACAGAAAAGCCACCUGGAACUUAAAUGCACUGAGAGAUAAUCUGACAUCAUCAGACUUUAAGCACAUUAAACUGUUUAAAGUCUCCGAUUCGAUUUCCCUCCUCUUAGUCCCCUUAAGUUGGGUCAUCAUUUCCAAGUUUUGAGUAAGACGUAAAAUUAGGGUAUUUUAUUCCCAAAUAUCUCUGAUGAGCAACCGCUUAUCUUUAUAACUUUUGCAUGAGUAGUUAAAGCCAUCACUUAAGUUGAGAAAAAGAUCAUAAAAAGUUUGGGCAAUUCAUUUUCUUCCAUGUGUUGACAUAAACUGUUCAUGUGACUGAACGACUUUUGCAUAUUUCAUCAAAAUUUAGGCCCUCACAAUAUUCGUGUGUUUGCUUUUGAAUGAGAAGAAAUCGAACAAAAAAACUCAUCAGACAAUGAUUUAACAUUAAUAACGGUAAAAUCAUAAAAAUUGUUGUGCAAGAAAUGCUAACGAUGAUUUUUGACAGCUAUAUACGCGAUCUUUUCAAGUAAAAACAACAUACAAAGAUUUAAUUCACAGUUCUACUUACUUUAACAAUUUCGCCCUAAAAACAAUAUAAACGAUCAAUAAAAUCCAUGUACGUAUCUCUUAGAUGUCUCAACAGCUAGUUUGUGCCCGCUUUGAUUUGUUCUUCAUGCCACCUUCGAUGUCCAGUUCAGCGUCGUGACUCGCUGUAGGACUAAAAUUCCUUAGCCAUCAGUUUACGCACCAAAAUCCAAAUCAAGUUGUUUUAGGACAAAACAAUACGAAAGGUAAAAAGCCGAUUCUUAACCCAUUGAAAGAAUUAUUUCUGCCACUGUUGUAGCUCAAUUCACAUGUUGCAAACGUCCGACAUCUUUGACAUUAAAUGGAGCCCGCCUUUUUAAGCAGCGGUUGCCACCACACGGAAACAUCGUAUCGGGAGUCAGGAACCAGGAGCCAGGAGCCAGAGUUCAGUGAACAAAAUGACUUUCUGACAUUCUCUGAGAUUAUUUUAUUGUUAUUGUAUGCUGAUAAAUAAUUUACAAUUCAAAUCUAUUGGCAACUUUAUUCAGACCAUGAUUAUAAAUGAUCCCAUGUCUUCUCAAACUCAGAGAUAGAAGUCGUUUUGUCUUCGUGUUUUGGAAAGAACUAUUUUUUCUAUUUUAGUUGCACGUGAAAUAGCAGCGAAGUGAAGCCGGAUGUUGGUGCAGACCAGUUCAAAGAGACAAAUAAAGCGUGAGACACGUCCAGAUUGGCUUGCGACAAGAAUUCCAUUUUUUUUUUUCAUACUGGUGUGGGAGUGUCCAAAUUGCGUACAAAUGCCCUACCCUGCUGGCACCAGAUUUGACUGUCAUAAACAGUGAAUUUUUUUAUCUCACACGGUCUUUUGGGGGUCUUAUAAAGCCUAACUGUGGCACUAAUGUUCCCAAGUAGAAUUCAAAAUACACCACACUUUCACAUUGAGUUAGAUAUUUUUCUCAAACAACUGCUUCCAUAUGUUUAACAACCUUCCCACAUUCCCUCCGAGAGAUAUUUCAACUGUAAUACUUCGAUUUCAAAUUUUUCACCCUACCCAGGUAAGGUCAAUUUUCUCGUCCUAGACAUCGAUCUCGGAAGGGCCUUUUUGCUUACUCUUGGGCACCAAAACCAGUUUAGUGCCCAGCCGUGUGCCGUGCUGAGGCAGGCAGAUGUUGAAUUAUGGACAGACACAUUACAGACAUUUGAUGUUCCGGUCCGUGCGUGGUCGGAAGACACCCAGUAAAUAAUGCCCAUGGGGUUGCCUAAGGAAAAUUUGGGUUUUACGGGAGUCGAACUGAGGGAGGUCUUUUUGGAUUGAAUGUACUGCAUACAAUUUUUAAGUUACAAUAUACUAUAGAUAAAUCUAAUUUGUUUCUAAAGUUCCUCUCAUACUCCGAGUAGGUUAUGACAUACAGGGAACGCAGAGAUCAGACCAUUGCAUCAUGGAAAAUUCUCAAUCAGACUGUCAUGGUAAAAAGUGGUCGCGGUCGUUUACUGGAUGUGGACGUGUUCGUUUACAGGAGGUUCCAACUACAAGCGCUUUGACUGGAUAAUAUUUGGUGUGUUGAAUAAGUGAUCGCUUAUUGGGAAGUGGUCACUUAAGUUGGGUGGUCGCACGUAGGUUCGACUGUGCCUCGUUAAGCGAAAAUUUGUUAAAAUGUAAGAGAAAUCCUAAAAUUGUAAUACAGGGGAAGCUCUCGUACGAGGGCGCCCUCGGGACGAGAAAAAGGUGUCCUUAACUGGAUCUGGCCGCUUACAAGAAUGAAUCUCAUAUGCAGCAUAGUUAUGCAAGUGGAAUUCAGCCACUUUAAAAGUGGUGUAAAGGUUAGAUAGCCGCUUACGGAAGCUCCUCCCAGCUACAAAUUAACACUGAUAAUAGCAAAAAACUGUUUUUUAGUGUAUGGUUACGCUGAUGUUCUUGCCUUGUUGUAAUUUAAAUAAAAGCAUACAAUUCAGUUUGUAUUUUCAAGUGUAACCGGACGAGUAUGUGAAAAAACGGUAACUCUGAAACGGAUAUAUAAGAAUGAUUCAUAACAGUGACAAACAGCCAUAUGACUGAGGACAUGAUACGAAAAAAAAAACCAACAUUCAGAGGAGUGUCUUUUUAGGACAGCUUUAAAUCAAAGCUAACAUCUAAUUCGCCGGUAAACCCUUUAAGUGUCCGCGGCCGCCUACGGGAAAGUAAAAAUCCAGAGUUUGUGUGGGAGUUGUGAUGGCGGUCGUAAGUAGAGCUAUUCGCUAUAUACGAGGGUGUCCGUUAAGAGAACUUAGUCUACUAUAUGAAUCCGCAAAUGACAGCUUAAAUGAGAAGUGAAUAUAGUGUAUUAGUCUGUGUUCAAGAAACUGUUACCUUACUCCUUCCUUAUAGCCAAAGAAGUCUAGCCGACUUUUUUUGCAAUCUAUUAGUGCCCCCUUUUGGGUAUUUUGUAUUCCUCAGAAGUUUUUCCUCAACACGUUUAUAAACGGUUAUUAUUAUAUUUUUGUAGUCAAUAAUAUACCCAGAUACAGAUACCAACCUGUAUAGUUGUAAGACUACGAGGAUUAAAAUACAACUAAGUAAGUAAUUAUACACAGUGGCAAGUCACUAAUUGUCUAAAAAUUGCACGGCACGGUCUGACUACAAAAAGGGCUAUUAUGGACCAUUAUUAUCAUGGUAAUUAAUGUCAACAUGGAAUAAACUCAAAAUUUCAAGUAACACGACUUUCACAACCUAUUUUCAACACACCAGUUAUAACAGGAUAUUGGCGCGUACAACAAUAGAUAGCGUAUUCCGCAUUCCGGAGUCCGGUAGUCCGGCGUCACAGAUUCGAUCUUUUUGGCAGAGUCUAAAGUCAAAGAUGGAGGGUGUUCGAGCAGGUAGUUGUUUUCUGUAGAUAUAGACGGAUUGUCAGUGAUCUUUCUUGUCCUUUGAGAAUGAUUUUGUUCUUUCUGUUUACAACUUAUUUCAAAGACUUCGAAUGUUCGGUGAAAAGCCGAAAAUUCGGCAAUGUUUCAAGAUGUUUCGAUUUCAUUACCUCGUCACGAAGUAACGCCACAAAGGACCAGACGAAACUGGAGCAGCAAAUCUGGACUAAAGCACCUGAGAGACGUGUAUGUAACAUUUAUUCACUAUCUUUUAUCCUUGUUGAGUCUUGUUUCACCUACAAGCUCGACCGAUCGAAGUUUUGAACUAACUCUUUUGCUCCUUGUGUUUACUCAAGCGUUCCAUAAAAUAUCCAUCCAAACGUCCAUAAAUAACACAGAAAACAUGCCUCAGGUGACACGUUCUAACAAUUCCGCUAUUAGUAUCGAUAAUGAUGCAUCUGAUUUGUGACUUCUCGUCAACUUUGUGCUAUUUUUGUUUAAAAAAACGAAUGUUACGUUUCUUCCAAUUUUGGUCAAAUGACAAAUAAGCGUCAAGUCAGAUGUACAUAAUACGUCAUUAUUGAUAAAGUAUGAGAUUGCCCAAAUAUUUUAUGAUUGAUUUGAUAACCUUAAAGAUGUCUUUCAAAGAAUAUGUGAGAAUUAAGUACAUAGGUUGUUGCUCAUGGGAGAUGUUAGCCACUAAAAUACCUUAAAUUUAGGGUUUGGUCAAAACAGUGAGAAGAUGUCCUUACUUUAGGCUAAAUAAUAGGAAGAGAUCGAAUUAGAGAGUAAAAAUAAAUUACUGAGCAUUAAGUUUGAUAAACAUAGAAGAUGAUAAAGUUGAUUAGAUUUGAAGUUGUCUUUUCUUCUUGUUGAACAGCCAAACCAAAGUCAGCUAAUUAAUUAUGCAAAAAUGAGUAGAUUUUGUCGUUUUUAGGGGGGGUCCCUGUAAAUCCCAGGGAAUUCAAUAUUGCGAUCUUAUUUUUUGUCGAGUUUAAUAUCUCACCACACCCAUCAAUUGUGUCAAGUUUGAGCGAAAUCCGUGAUUUGAGCAUUAUCACCUCCUGCCUGGUUCUCUCAUGGACACACUCUUAAUUUUAUAGUUUUAUGAAAAAAUGUCAGGCUGUUACUAGGUUUGGUAGAAUUACUUGUGUGUAAAUUAUUUUUCAUCAAUUUGCUAUUGUGUCAAAUUUUACAUCAUCAUCGUCAUAGUCAUAUUUGAAAUAAAAAAUGGGUUAUUGACGUGCUUCCUUUCAUUUCUUGGCUGCCAUCUUCCAGGUAGUUUCAGUUGUCUUAGGUGCUCAGAAUGAAUUAGUUCAAUAUUUAUGAUUUGCACAAUGCUUGUGUUGAUGUGAACAUUUUUACAGUGACCUCAUUUCAUCCAUGCUCAGACUAAACAUGUUUCUUGCAAGUUUUGUGUUAUACUCAACUUAUUAUUAUUAUUGGCUUGUAAGUCAGUUAUUGUUAGUGUCAACUUUGUAGCACUGUCUUUAUGUAAUUUGUUUAAUGUCUGUAGUAAGUACAUGAUUAUGAAAAGAUUGCAAUACAUAAUAAUAAUAAUAAUAAUAAUAAUAAUAAUGGAAAACUUUAUUUAACUCUGAAAAUAAUAAAUUUGACAAUAAUAAUAAUAAUAGUUGAAUAGUUAAAUAAUAGUUUACAAAAAUAUGUACAUAAUUUACAGAAAUAUUUGAAGUAAGAAGUAAGCACCAUAUAACAGUAAGAAUUGUAUAAAUCGUAAAAAUAGCAAUCACUGUGUCAAUAACAAUUUCGCAAAUACUUUCCUUCUGGCUCAGAUGCAGUCAAUGACUAUUGCAGGCAGUCCAGAGUUUUUAAUUAAGUCAUUACAAAAGAGAAUUAUCUGUCUCUGAUAUUAAAAAGAAAACAAGCUAAAAAGAAUAAAAUCUUGUAUUCCUAAAUUCUUAAUUCUUUAAAAAAAGAUCCUUAAAAAGAUUGAUUUGGGCAGGCUCUAAUAUUAUCGAUCUGUAGGUCUGAGUCAACAAAGUCUAGCCAUCUUCUUCUGGAUCUUUAGCCUCUCAAGCAUGUAUAGUAUCGUGGAGGGUACGAUGGAGAAAGAUACUUUAGCUGUUAUCCAGGAAACUGUGUUCAAGUAACUUUCUCCCUUGUUAUUUGCGAUCAGCUCCACAAGUCUGCUGUGGUACUUAACACACUCAUCCACCAUUCCACCUGUGGUCGUGAAAACUAGGGAAGUGAACGUUCCCUGUUCAAUCUCCGUUUCUCUUUCCGCAUACUGCCUCUUCUUCUCAUUCUCAUGCGUCUUGUAGAUCUGCUUAGGAGUCACGUCUCUGUAAGAGUCUGCAUUAGGGUGACACACCCAAACGUCAAAGAAUGCAGAUCUCUGUCUCUCCCAAAAACCUCGAGCAUAAUAUCCAAACUGGCAUCAGGGGCUUUGUUAGCGCCAUAAUUUAAUGUCUCCUCAGUGACCUCCUGAAGGACCGGUGCUACUUCCACAUCAUUACAGACCAUUCUUAGCAUCUCUACUUCCAAGUCGUGCAGUUCAUUGUGUCGCUAAAUUGAACACCGCAUGCGCAGAGCAUGGGUGUAUCCAUUAUUUCUUAGUCAUACAGUAACUUGAUUGCAUCUCUAAAUUCCUUCUUAUUCAGAUUGUAAUCCAACUCUUUGAGGGGAAUCACGGUCAGCCAAUUUGAUGAUCCUUCUCUGUAACUAACUCAACAGCUCCUUUAGCUUUUGUCGGCAGGGAAUUCUUCACUUGCUCCAGCCUCUCACUUAGACAAUCAUCUUUUUGUUUUUGUGUGCUGAAAAUAAUGAAAAUAAUUGUGUGUAAAUUUACAGAAACAUUUGAAAUAAGAAUUAAGUACUAUUGUAACAGAUGCGAUCAAUAUCAAUUACACACAGUCCAACUGUAGUGAUAAUAAUAAUAAUAAUAAUAAUAAUAAUAAUAAUAAUAAUAAUAAUAAUAAUUAACAAUAAUGUUUCCCACAACACUGCACUUUUUCUUUGUGUUGGUCCCAGUGUUUCAUAGAGAUAGUCAGUGUAACCUGCAGGUACAGGCCACGUUACAUGACAAACUCAGUUGUAUUCCUCAGAUCAUUUGGAACCAGGAUAAAUUAUUUAAUUAUAGAACAAAAAAUUGUUUCAUCAGUGAAAAUUUUCUUAUGUUAACCAGUCUCUUUUGUUUGGCUAUUUAGAUGUCCUUUUUUUUCCCUUAGGAAGCCUUCUGGUGUUUGGUAAUGAUCUGUGAUAAAUACAUUCCAGGUUAUUAUGGUCCCAAACUGGUGAGUUAUAAUGAUGCCACUCGUAGUCUUGAGCACUUGGUGGGUGCAAGGACAAAAAGUCUCAUUUUCCUUACUACCUGAGAACUUUACUAUAGCUAGAGUUAAAAGGGGGUGGUUCUAUUGUUUUAUUCAAUUAUACAUAUAAUAUUGUAUUUUGUUACCAACUGUUUUGCUUUUUUAACUUCUCAUGGAAAAAUUGAAACAUUAUGGGCGACAUGACUGAGGGUAGAUUUGCAAAACUGUGCAUUAACCUCUGAAAACCCUUGGCUACCCCCUGAAAACCUGUAAUCCUAAAUGACAUGUACUUUGGAUUGUUACAGUAAGUGGCAUUCCAGAGCCUUCAAAAUCCUAAUAACUGCGUUAAUCUGAUCUAUCUUACACCUACAGGAAGCAGUUCAAUUGGAUGGAGCUAUUUUUGGUGGAUUGCUGGAGAAAACUUUACCUCAUGUAGCAAAACACAUGGUAAGGUUGCCAAGCUAGAAUUACUGCAGUAAGUAGCAAAAGUAUACAAAACAACAUAAUUAUACAAUGUCCUUGUAAUUUGUUGGUGUAUUAUACAGUGCAGAUGUCUUGAAGCAAAUUAAGGCCUGCCUGCAGUUUCCUGACACUAGCAGACACUGACACUGUUUGUUUGCAAAUUCCUCCCUAUAGUUUCCUGACACUAGGCUAAAACAUGGACACAUCUUCGUAUUUACUGGGUGCAGGCUAAUGUCAAGCACUUACAUGACUGUAUUACUUUGAACUGAGUACUUCUGUCAUUACAUGUUAGCAAGACAUGAAUACAUUGAAUGUAAGAUAAUUGUUUUAUGCUCGCACUGCAUUAGACAUACUAUUUAAUUGAUUUGACAAGAGACUUGUUAUAAGCGGUCAUGAGGUAGAACAUGACCAUCCAGGUAAGGAUGUAAAGCAUUGUUUGUGAUAGUGGCAGACAUAUUUACAUACAUCGUUAUUAAAGUCAAAGAGAAUAAUGCAUUGUCAGUUAAUUCUGGUAAUACUCUGAUUACACUGUUAAUGGUCAUCUGCCCGGCAAUUGAUCAUUGACCUUGUAGGCUGUCAAGUUAGCAUGAAUAGUACUUAACCUGCGAUCAGCCAUUUUUUUUCCCGGCCCCUCCAUACAAAGAUCAAGGGAAGGACGCCUGAUCUCAUGUUAGAAUGGUACCCUGAUGGUUUGAUUCAGACGUGUGCAGGUGUGACUAAAAGUGCUGCAACUCAAACCCUAAUCUGGCGUAAUCAUUACAACACCAUCGGCAUUAGCGGAAAAUUAAACCUAGUGGAGUGGUGCCCUCGCCAAAGUGUUCAACUCAUGGAACAUAGGAAUAUUUUUCCAAAUUAUCUUUUAGCGAGUUCACCAUGUUGACCCACUGAUGUACAUGACUGAGUGGUUUAUGUGCCUGCUGGCCAGGUGGGGAUGAUUGAAAUAUCCUUAAUACGUUAGUCAAUCGAUCUGUAGGUACUACAGUAACUAUAGUGUGAGUGCAGCAUAACACUCAGGCCUCAGCUGGACUUUCAAACAGUAGAAUUUGAAAAAUUUGAAUUCCAAACAUUUGAAUUCAUCAGUUCAGACUUGCAAAAAUUUGAAUUGAAGAGUUUAGACUUCCAAAGAUAUGAAUUCAGUAGUUUUCACUUCCAAACUUUUGAAUUCAACAGUUUAGACUUCCAAACAAUGAAAUUCAAAAGUUUUUGACUUCCAAGCAAUUUGAAAGUCAAAAGUUUAGACUUCCAGAUUUUUAGAUUUUCCAUGUUUGAAAAAGCUGAAAUCGACAAUUCCAAUGUUUGGAAAAGCCAAAAUCCUGAAUUCCAAUUUUUGGAAAAGCUGAAAUCGAUAAUUCCAAUGUUUGGAAAAGAAAAGCCGAAGUCCUGAAUUCCAAUGUUUGGAAAAGCUGAAAUCGAUAAUUUCAAUGUCUUUAAUGCCAAACAUUUGAACUCAAGAGUUUAUGCUUCCAAACAUUUCAAUGUAACAAUUUGGAAUUCCAAACAUUUUCAUGAAACAUUUUCUUAAAACAUUUCUAGCCUGCCUGUUAAAAUUUGAAUUCAGGAGUUAAGAUUUUCGAAUUAUUUGAAUUCAAGAGUUCUGGUUUCCAAAGAGUUUGGACAUUCAAACAUUUGAAUUCAACAGCUUGGAAAUAGGAACAUUUAAAUGUUUGCUUCGGUCAGGGUUGAGGAUUUCAUAUCCUUGUAUUCAAGGUUAUUGAUCUCAAAACUCUUUAAUUUGAAAAAUUAUUUAAUUUUCUAAAAUGUAAUAUUUUCGUGUUCCAAAAUUUUGAAUUCAGGUUUUGAGGACAACUAAAACUUGAAUUGGGGAUUGUCAUGUUUCAAAAUCUUGGAUUCAGCCGGGCUUUUGGAAUUUUAAAAUGGUUAAUUCAGAAUAAUUUAUUUCUGGACUCCAAAAUCUUGAAUUGAGGAUUUUGGCGUUUUUAGAUCUCAAACUUUUGACUCUUGAAUUAAGAAUCCUGUAAUUCAGGAUUUUGCGAUCUUAGAGGUAUUUGAGACCCAGAUAAGACGCAGACUUUUGAAAGAAUAGUUCCCAAACAAAUGUGAUCAGCACCAUAUGGUGAGAAAUCAAGCUGCAAAACGUUUUAUGUCAAUAAUAGAGACCUUGUAUCUAAGACGAAGAUGACUGCGGGGCGAGCAGAAGCAUAUAUGGUUAUGUUACGCGGAUGAGAUUUUUCAGUACUAAGUGUGGGCGCUUGGGAAUCAGCGUCUAUUUUGUCUUAAAACGCGAUUGGCGUCGUCAUUUUACAGCGUGUUUUAGUGAGAAUGUCGUAGAGGCGAUACUGGGUUUCGAUUUUUUCUUUUUUACGGACUAUUCAUGAGGACUAUUUUUCGACAAUAUGCCAAAAAAAAAAUAUUCAAAUUAAAUUGCGUCCUCGUAGUCGUCUUCGUCCUCAAACUAAACGUCUCGGAUCAUGAUACGUUUCUGGGGAAACUGCCCACCUACCCCUCCCCUAAGCCAACAUUUGCCCUAACUGACUAGUUAAGUAAGUGUUAAUGUUAGCAUAGGGGAGGGGUAGGUGGGCAGUUUCCAAGGUCUCUAUCAGAACCUCUACCUCUGCCUCUUCAAAGGAGAGCUUCUUUUUGUUUUUGUUUUUGUUUUAAACUUAGGAACCUUCCUUUUGCUACAGUACUUCGUGUGUGGGACAUGUUCUUCUGUGAAGGUCAGUUGUCCACUACAUAGUUCUUAUGGUUAGCUUCUCUUCUCCUCAGACAGACAACAGUUUCCAUUGAUUUGUGUGACACAACCUUUAAAAACGUUUCUGCCAAAUGUCACGGAACCGUUUUUGCAACAGCAUGGGUAUUGACAACUGUGUACAACAAACAUGGCUGUCCCGUUUUUGACAUCCUAGUACAAUGAAGCAAUUGGCAUUACAUUGAUUUACUCAUUAUUCUAGUAUAUACCAAAAAAGCGGAAUACAUGUACUCGUGAAGGUGUUCCUUUGUUCUCAAUAAUCAACUGUAAAAACGAAUUCCCGUCAAGUAAGUUAAUGUCGUUUUCGUGUGAAUAGGAACCACAGUUUCCUUAGAAAACAUCUGGGCCGAGUUGUUCAAAGCUGGGUUUAGAUAAUCCAGGGUUAGUGCAAGAUUUGAAUUUAGAUUUAAAAGCUUAAAAAGCAUUUCAGUUCUAAUUCUUUUUGUCUACAAGUUGAUGAUUGGAAGCUCUAAAAAUAGGGAAAAUUAUCUGAGAAAAUGCUUUUGAACACAAGAAAAAGAAACCCUGGUUAAAUUUAACCCCGGGUUAAGCGAUAAUCGGCCUUUAAACAAUUGGGCCUGGAGCAUGAGUAUAUCAGUUACAGGUGUCACUUGAUAUUUUUUUCGUAAAAGUCCUAAAAGUGACCAACAUCAAUUUUCUCCUUACAAUAUCAGUACAUUAUCAAAAGAAAAGGUUAGGAGAUUUAAUAAAAUGAUCACCUCAGGGAAAAUGCUUUAACUCUUUUCACAGUUUCUUUAAGGAAAAUCGAAAUCUAUUGAGAUCAGUUAAGAGAAUCUGUAAGUGAUUAUCAGGGCUUAAAGGGUUAAUAUGGUUCCCAAUUCAUAGCGUGUCUCUUGGGGCCAGUUGUAAAAACCUCAACAGUCGGUCCAGUCAAAGUCCUUGUUUGGAAAUUGUGCCUGGCUUCAGGUUUAGCAACUAACCCUGCAUUUAACCAGACAAUCAGAGGUUGUUUCACCCUUUUUUAGGUAUAAAAGUGCUGUUUAGGACUACUCUAACAAUGAUGAAAUUAGCUCUCACUCCAAGGGAGUUAGCACACUGCCAGGGGUACGUAUAAUAGAUAAGCAGGGCUCCUUUUAGCGUAUAUCCUCUAAGUUGGCACCCAGCAAAAUACGAAAGAACAAACAUCUAUUCCUUUUCUACCGUGGGAAACCAUGAAUAUGUACAAAACCUGGUCCUGGAAAUUGUUCUUAGUUUACUGUAAAUCUGACCUUUUCAGAAGAGACUCCAUGGGUUACAGCGAGUUACCAGGGGUUCUAGAGGUGACAGGGGUUACAAAGGAAUACAAAUGUAACAGGGGGUAACAUAGGGUGAAAGAGGGUAACAAGGGUUUACAAGAGGUUUUAAGGGAUUACAGCGACGUUCCUCUCUGUGGGUUACAAGGGGUUACACGGGGUUACAAGGAGUUACAAAGGGUUACAAAAGGUUACGGGGGGUUACAAGGGGUUACUGGGGUUUACAAAGGGUUAUGGGGGGUUACAAGGGAAUAAAGGGGCUUACAAGGGGUUGCAAGGGGUUACAAGGGUUACAGGGGGUUACAAGGGGUUAUAAAAAGGGUUACGAAGGGUUACAAGGGGUUACGUGGGGUUACGGGGGUUACAAGAGGUCACAGGGGGUUACAAUGGGUUACAGGGGGUUACAAGGGGUUACAGGGGGUUACAAGGGGUUCCCGGGGGUUACAAGGAGUUACGGGGGGUUACCACGGGUUACGGAGGGUUACAAGGGGUUACGGAAGGUUACAAGGGGUUACAGGGGUUUACAAAGGGUUACACUAAAUUACAGGGAGUUACAAGGGAUUACAGGAAGUUACAGUGGGUUAAUGUAACCCCCUGUAACCCCUUGUCACCUCCUGUCACCCCUUCUAACCCUCUGUAAUCCCUUGUCUUCCCCUGCAACCCCUUGUAACCCCCUGUAACCCUUUGUCACCCCCUGUAACCCCUUGUCACCCUCUGUCACCCCUUGUAACCCCCUGUAACCCCCUGUAACCCCUUGUAACCCCCUAGUAACCCUAUGUAACCCCUUGUCACCCCCUGUCACCCCUUGUAACCCCCUGUAACCCCUUGUAACCCCCUGUCACCCCUUGUAACCCCUUGUAACCCCCUGUAUUCCCAUCUCAUAGAUCGUGAAAAUAAAUCGUCAAAAUACGAUUUUCGACGUUUUAUAUAGGAAACAAGCGUUUCUGAACAACGAAAACAUCGGUUUCAAAACCCCACAAAAUUGACAUUUUUCCAAAGGGGUUAGUCCAUGGUUUUGGUCAAAAAUUGGAAAAUUUUGUUAACGUUACGUUUUAUGCAAAAUACACCGAGAAAAAGUAUUUGGUGACGUUCUUGUUAGAAAACAAGCCUUUUUAGACAGUAUAAACAUAGACUGAAAAAGAAGGCAAAAUUGGCAUUUUUGCAAAGGGGAUAGUCCAUGAUUUUGGUCAAAAAGUGGAAGUUUUUUGACGUUUUGUGUUUAUCGAAAAUAGAUCGAGGAAAAGUGUUUGCUGACGUUCUAGAUAAAAAAGAAGCCUUUAAAGACUAUAAAAACAUAUGUUUAUGAAAAACGCAAAAUUAGAAUUUUUCCAAAGGGGUUAGUCCAUCGUUUUAGUCCAAAAUUUAAGAUUUCUUCAACUUUGUUUUUUUAUGCAAAAUAAACCAAGAAAAAGUAUCUGGGAACGUUCUAGUUAGAGAAAAGUUUCUAUAAUCCUUUGUAACCCCCUGUAACCAUUUGUCAUCUCCUGUCACCCCUUGUAACCCCCUGCAACCCCUUGUAACCCCCUGUCACCCCUUGUAACCCCUUGUAACCCCCUGUAACCCCUUGUUACCCCAUGUAUUCCUAUGUCAUAGAUCGUGACAAUAAAUCGUGAAAAAACUAAUUUCGACGUUUUAUAGAGCAAACAAGCCUUUCUGAACAACGAAAACAUCGGUUUUAAAAACCCACAAAAUUGACAUUUUUCCAAAGAAGGAAAAGAAAAAGAAGGCAAAAUUGGCAUUUUUGCAAAGGGGAUAGUCCAUGAUUUUGGUCAAAAAGUGGAAGUUUUUUCAUGUUUUGUGUUUAUCAAAAAUAGAUCGAGAAAAAGUGUUUGCUGACGUUCUACAUAAAAAAGAAGCCUUUAAAGACUAUAAAAACAACUGUUUAUGAAAAACGCAAAAUUAGAAUUUUUCCAAAGGGGUUAGUCCAUCGUUUUGGUCAAAAAUUUGAGAUUUCUUCAACUUUGUUUUUUUAUGCAAAAUAGACAGAGAAAAAGUAUCUGGGAACGUUCUAGUUAGAAAAAAGUUUCUAUAAUCCUUUGUUACCCCCUGUAACCCCUUGUCACCCCUGUCCCCUUGUAACCCCCUGUAACCCCCUUGUAACCCCCCUGUCACCCCUUGUAACCCCCUUGUAACCCCUGUAUUCCCAUCUCAUAGAUCGUGAAAAUAAAUCGUCAAAAUACGAUUUUCGACGUUUUAUAUAGGAAACAAGCGUUUCUGAACAACGAAAACAUCGGUUUGAAAACCCCUCAAAAUUGACAUUUUUCCAAAGGGGUUAGUGCAUGGUUUUGGUCAAAAAUUGGAAAAUUUUGUUAACGUUUCGUUUUAUGCAAAAUACACCGAGAAAAAGUAUUUGGUGACGUUCUUGUUAGAAAACAAGCCUUUCUAGACAGUAUAAACAUAGACUGAAAAAGAAGGCAAAAUUGGCAUUUUUGCAAAGGGGAUAGUCCAUGAUUUUGGUCAAAAAGUGGAAGUUUUUUGACGUUUUGUGUUUAUCGAAAAUAGAUCGAGGAAAAGUGUUUGCUGACGUUCUAGAUAAAAAAGAAGCCUUUAAAGAGUAUAAAAACAUAUGUUUAUGAAAAACGCAAAAUUAGAAUUUUUCCAAAGGGGUUAGUCCAUCGUUUUAGUCCAAAAUUUAAGAUUUCUUCAACUUUGUUUUUUUCUGCAAAAUAAACCAAGAAAAAGUAUCUCGGAACGUUCUAGUUAGAAAAAAGUUUCUAUAAUCCUUUGUAACCCCCUGUAACCCUUUGUUAUCUCCUGUCACCCCUUGUAACCCCCUGUAACCCCUUGUAACCCCCUGUCACCCCUUGUAACCCCUUGUAACCCCCUGUAACCCCUUGUAACCCCCUGUAUUGCCAUGUCAUAGAUCGUGACAAUAAAUCGUGAAAAAACUAAUUUCGACGUUUUAUAGAGCAAACAAGCCUUUCUGAACAACGAAAACAUCCGUUUUAAAAACCCACAAAAUUGACAUUUCCCAAAGAAGGAAAAGAAAAAGAAGGCAAAAUUGGCAUUUUUGCAAAGGGGAUAGUCCUUGAUUUUGGUCAAAAAGUGGAAGUUUUUUCAUGUUUUGUGUUUAUCAAAAAUAGAUCGAGAAAAAGUGUUUGCUGACGUUCUACAUAAAAAAGAAGCCUUUAUAGACUAUAAAAACAACUGUUUAUGAAAAACGCAAAACUAGAAGUUUUCCAAAGGGGUUAGUCCAUCGUUUUGGUCAAAAAUUUGAGAUUUCUUCAACUUUGAUUUUUUAUGCAAAAUAGACAGAGAAAAAGUAUCUGGGAACGUUCUAGUUAGAGAAAAAUUUCUAUAAUCCUUUGUAACCCCCUGUAACCCCUUGUCACCCCCUGUCACCCCUUGUAACCUGCUGUAACCCCUUGUAACCCCCUGUCACCCCUUGUAACCCCCGGUAACCCCUUGUACUCCCCUGUAUUCCCAUGUCAUAGAUCGGGAAAAUAAAUCGGGAAAAUACGAUUUUCGACGUUUUAUAUAGCAAACAAGCGUUUCUGAACAACGAAAACAUCGGUUUCAAAAACCCACAAAAUUGACAUUUUUCCAAAGGGGUUAGUCCAUGGUUUUGGUCAAAAAGUGGAAAAUUUUGUUAACGUUUCGUUUUAUGCAAAAUACACCGAGAAAAAGUAUUUGGUGACGUUCUCGUUAGAAAACAAGCCUUUCUAGACAGUAUAAACAUAGACUGAAAAAGAAGGCAAAAUUGUCAUUUUUGCAAAGGGGAUAGUCCAUGAUUUUGGUCAAAAAGUGGAAGUUUUUUGAUGUUUUGUGUUUAUCAAAAAUAGAUCGAGAAAAAGUGUUUGCUGACGUUCUACGUAAAAAAAAGCCUUUAAAUACUAUAAAAACAACUGUUUAUGAAAAACGCAAAAUUAGAAUUUUUCCAAAGGGGUUAGUCUAUCGUUUUGGUCAAAAAUUUGAGAUUUCUUCAACUUUGUUUUUUUAUGCAAAAUAGACAGAGAAAAAGUAUCUGGGAACGUUCUAGUUAGAGAAAAGUUUCUAUAAUCCUUUGUAACCCCCUGUAACCCCUUGUCACCCCCUGUCACCCCUUGUAACCCCCUGUAACCCCUUGUAACCCCCUGUCACCCCUUGUAACCCCUUGUAAUCCCCUGUAACCCCUUGUGACCCCCUGUCACCCCUUGUAACCCCUUGUAAUCCCCUGUAACCCCUUGUAACCCCCUGUAUUCCCACGUCAUAGAUCGUGAAAAUAAAUCGUAAAAAAACUAAUUUCGACGUUUUAUAGAGCAAACAAGCCUUUCUGAACAAUGAAAACAUCGGUUUUAAAAACCCACAAAAUUGACAUUUUUCCAAAGAAGGGAAAGAAAAAGAAGGCAAAAUUGGCAUUUUUUCAAAGGGGAUAGUCCAUGAUUUUGGUCAAAAAGUGGAAGUUUUUUGAUGUUUUGUGUUUAUCAAAAAUAGAUCGAGAAAAAGUGUUUGCUGACGUUCUACAUAAAAAAGAAGACUUUAAAGACUAUAAAAACAACGGUUUAUGAAAAACGCAAAAUUAGAAUUUUUCCAAAGGGGUUAGUCCAUCGUUUUGGUCAAAAAUUUGAGAUUUCUUCAACUUUGUUUUUUUAUGCAAAAUAGACAGAGAAAAAGUAUCUGGGAACGUUCUAGUUAGAAAAAAAGUUUCUAUAAUCCUUUGUAACCCCCUGUAACCCCUUGUCACCCCCUGUCACCCCUUGUAACCCCCUGUAACCCCUUGUAACCCCCUGUCACCCCUUGUAACCCCUUGUAACCCCCUGUAACCCCUUGUAACCCCCUGUAUUCCCAUCUCAUAGAUCGUGAAAAUAAAUCGUGAAAAUACGAUUUUCGACGUUUUAUAUAGGAAACAAGCGUUUCUGAACAACGAAAACAUCGGUUUCAAAACCCCACAAAAUUGACAUUUUUCCAAAGGGGUUAGUCCAUGGUUUUGGUCAAAAAUUGGAAAAUUUUGUUAACGUUUCGUUUUAUGCAAAAUACACCGAGAAAAAGUAUUUGGUGACGUUCUCGUUAGAAAACAAGCCUUUCUAGACAGUAUAAACAUAGACUGAAAAAGAAGGCAAAAUUGGCAUUUUUGCAAAGGGGAUAGUCCAUGAUUUUGGUCAAAAAGUGGAAGUUUUUUGAUGUUUUGUGUUUAUCAAAAAUAGAUCGAGAAAAAGUGUUUGCUGACGUUCUAGAUAAAAAAGAAGCCUUUAAAGACUAUAAAAACAACUGUUUAUGAAAAACGCAAAAUUAGAAUUUUUCCAAAGGGGUUAGUCCAUCGUUUUGGUCAAAAAUUUGAGAUUUCUUCAACUUUGAUUUUUUAUGCAAAAUAGACAGAGAAAAAGUAUCUGGGAACGUUCUAGUUAGAGAAAAAUUUCUAUAAUCCUUUGUAACCCCCUGUAACCCCUUGUCACCCCCUCUCACCCCUUGUAACCUGCUGUAACCCCUUGUAACCCCCUGUCACCCCUUGUAACCCCCUGUAACCCCUUGUAAUCCCCUGUAUUCCCAUGUCAUAGAUCGUGAAAAUAAAUCGGGAAAAUACGAUUUUCGACGUUUUAUAUAGCAAACAAGCGUUUCUGAACAACGAAAACAUCGGUUUCAAAAACCCACAAAAUUGACAUUUUUCCAAAGGGGUUAGUCCAUGGUUUUGGUCAAAAAUUGGAAAAUUGUGUUAACGUUUCGUUUUAUGCAAAAAACACCGAGAAAAAGUAUUUGGUGACGUUCUCGUUAGAAAACAAGCCUUUCUAGACAGUAUAAACAUAGACUGAAAAAGAAGGCAAAAUUGGCAUUUUUGCAAAGGGGAUAAUCCAUGAUUUUGGUCAAAAAGUGGAAGUUUUUUGAUGUUUUGUGUUUAUCAAAAAUAGAUCGAGAAAAAGUUUUUGCUGACGGUCUACAUAAAAAAGAAGACUUUAAAGACUAUAAAAACAACUGUUUAUGAAAAACGCAAAAUUAGAAAUUUUCCAAAGGGGUUAGUCCAUCGGUUUGGUCAAAAACUUGAGAUUUCUUCAACUUUGUUUUUUUAUGCAAUAUAGACAGAGAAAAACUAUCUGGGAACGUUCUAGUUAGAAACAAGUUUCUAUAAUCCUUUGUAACCCCCUAUAACCCCUUGUCACCCCCUGUCACCCCUUGUAACCCCCUGUAACUCCUUGUAACCCCCCCUGUCACCCCUUGUAACCCCCCUUGUAACCCCUUGUAACCCCCACCCCUUGUAACCCCUUGUAAUUUGUAACCCCUUGUAACCCCCUGUAUUGCCAUGUCAUUGAUCGUGAAAAUAAAUCGUGAAAAUACGAUUUUCGACGUUUUAUAUAGCAAACAAGCGUUUCUCAACAACGAAAACAUCGGUUUUAAAAACCCACAAAAUUGACAUUUGUCCAAAGAGGUUAGUCAAUGGUUUUGGUCAAAAAUUUGAAAAUUUUGUUAACGUUUCGUUUUAUGCAACCGAGAAAAAGUAUUUGGUGACGUUCUCGUUAGAAAACAAGCCUUUCUAGAAAAUAUAAACAAAGACUGAAAAAGAAGGCAAAAUUGGCAUUUUUGCAAAGGGGAUAGUCCAUGAUUUUGGUCAAAAAGUGGAAGUUUUUUCAUGUUUUGUGUUUAUCAAAAAUAGAUCGAGAAAAAGUGUUUGCUGACGUUCUACAUAAAAAAGAAGCCUUUAAAGACUAUAAAAACAACUGUUUAUGAAAAACGCAAAAUUAGAAUUUUUCCAAAGGGGUUAGUCCAUCGUUUUGGUCAAAAAUUUGAGAUGUCUUCAACUUUGUUUUUUUAUGCAAAAUAGACAGAGAAAAAGUAUCUGGGAACGUUCUAGUUAGAGACAAAUUUCUAUAAUCCUUUGUAACCCCCUGUAACCCCUUGUCACCUCCUGUCACCCCUUGUAACCCCCUGUAACCCCUUGUAACCCCCUGUCACCCCUUGUAACCUCUUGUAACCCCCUGUAACCCCUUGUAACCCCCUGUAUUGCCAUGUCAUUGAUCGUGAAAAUAAAUCGUGAAAAUACGAUUUUCGACGUUUUAUAUAGGAAACAAGCGUUUCUGAACAACGAAAACAUCGGUUUCAAAACCCCACAAAAUUGACAUUUUUCCAAAGGGGUUAGUCCAUGGUUUUGGUCAAAAAUUGGAAAAUUUUGUUAACGUUUCGUUUUAUGCAAAAUACACCGAGAAAAAGUAUUUGGUGACGUUCUCGUUAGAAAACAAGCCUUUCUAGACAGUAUAAACAUAGACUGAAAAAGAAGGCAAAAUUGGCAUUUUUGCAAAGGGGAUAGUCCAUGAUUUUGGUCAAAAAGUGGAAGUUUUUUGAUGUUUUGUGUUUAUCUAAAAUAGAUCGAGAAAAAGUGUUUGCUGACGUUCUACAUAAAAAAGAAGCCUUUAAAGACUAUAAAAACAACGGUUUAUGAAAAACGCAAAAUUAGAAUUUUUCCAAAGGGGUUAGUCCAUCGUUUUGGUCAAAAAUUUGAGAUUUCUUCAACUUUGUUUUUUUAUGCAAAAUAGACAGAGAAAAAGUAUCUGGGAACGUUCUAGUUAGAAAAAAGUUUCUAUAAUCCUUUGUAACCCCCUGUAACCCCUUGUCACCCCUGCCACCCCUUGUAACCCCCUGUAACCCCUUUGUAACCCCUGUCACCCCUUGUAACCCCUUGUAACCCCUGUAACCCCUUGUACCCCCUGUAUUCCCAUCUCAUAGAUCGUGAAAAUAAAUCGUCAAAAUACGAUUUUGGACGUUUUAUAUAGGAAACAAGCGUUUCUGAACAACGAAAACAUCGGUUUCAAAACCCCACAAAAUUGACAUUUUUCCAAAGGGGUUAGUCCAUGGUUUUGGUCAAAAAUUGGAAAAUUUUGUUAACGUUUCGUUUUAUGCAAAAUACACCGAGAAAAAGUAUUUGGUGACGUUCUUGUUAGAAAACAAGCCUUUCUAGACAGUAUAAACAUAGACUGAAAAAGAAGGCAAAAUUGGCAUUUUUGCAAAGGGGAUAGUCCAUGAUUUUGGUCAAAAAGUGGAAGUUUUUUGACGUUUUGUGUUUAUCGAAAAUAGAUCGAGAAAAAGUGUUUGCUGAGGUUCUAGAUAAAAAAGAAGCCUUUAAAGACUAUAAAAACAACUGUUUAUGAAAAACGCAAAAUUAGAAUUUUUCCAAAGGGGUUAGUCCAUCGUUUUGGUCAAAAAUUUGAGAUUUCUUCAACUUUGAUUUUUUAUGCAAAAUAGACAGAGAAAAAGUAUCUGGGAACGUUCUAGUUAGAGAAAAAUUUCUAUAAUCCUUUGUAACCCCCUGUAACCCCUUGUCACCCCCUGUCACCCCUUGUAACCUGCUGUAACCCCUUGUAACCCCCUGUCUCCCCUUUUAAUCCCCUGUAACCCCUUGUAAUCCCCUGUAUUCCCGUGUCAUAGAUCGUGAAAAUAAAUCGGGAAAAUACGAUUUUCGACGUUUUAUAUAGCAAACAAGCGUUUCUGAACAACGAAAACAUCGGUUUCAAAAACCCACAAAAUUGACAAAAUACACCGAGAAAAAGUAUUUGGUGACGUUCUCGUUAGAAAACAAGCCUUUCUAGACAGUAUAAACAUAGACUGAAAAAGAAGGCAAAAUUGGCAUUUUUGCAAAGGGGAUAGUCCAUGAUUUUGGUCAAAAAGUGGAAGUUUUUUCAUGUUUUGUGUUUAUCAAAAAUAGAUCGAGAAAAAGUGUUUGCUGACGUUCUACAUAAAAAAGAAGACUUUAAACACUAUAAAAACAACGGUUUAUGAAAAACGCAAAAUUAGAAUUUUUCCAAAGGGGUUAGUCCAUCGUUUUGGUCAAAAAUUUGAGAUUUCUUCAACUUUGAUUUUUUAUGCAAAAUAGACAGAGAAAAAGUAUCUGGGAACGUUCUAGUUAGAAAAAAGUUUUUAUAAUCCUUUGUAACCCCCUGUAACCCCUUGUCACCUCCUGUCACCCCUUGUAACCCCCUGUAACCCCUUGUAACCCCCUGUCACCCCUUGUAACCCCUUGUAACCCCUUGUAACCCCUUGUAACCCCCUGUCACCCCUUGUAACCCCUUGUAAUCCCCUGUAACCCCUUGUAACCCCCUGUAUUCCCACGUCAUAGAUCGUGAAAAUAAAUCGUAAAAAAACUAAUUUAAUAAUCCCAAAUCGGGAAAAUACGAUUUUCGACGUUUUAUAUAGCAAACAAGCGUUUCUGAACAACGAAAACAUCGGUUUCAAAAACCCACAAAAUUGACAUUUUUCCAAAGGGGUUAGUCCAUGGUUUUGGUCAAAAAUUGGAAAAUUUUGUUAACGUUUCGUUUUAUGCAAAAUACACCGAGAAAAAGUAUUUGGUGACGUUCUCGUUAGAAAACAAGCCUUUCUAGACAGUAUAAACAUAGACUGAAAAAGAAGGCAAAAUUGGCAUUUUUGCAAAGGGGAUAGUCCAUGAUUUUGGUCAAAAAGUGGAAGUUUUUUCAUGUUUUGUGUUUAUCAAAAAUAGAUCGAGAAAAAGUGUUUGCUGACGGUCUACAUAAAAAAGAAGACUUUAAAGACUAUAAAAACAACUGUUUAUGAAAAACGCAAAAUUAGAAUUUUUCCAAAGGGGUUAGUCCAUCGUUUUGGUCAAAAACUUGAGAUUUCUUCAACUUUGUUUUUUUAUGUAAUAUAGACAGAGAAAAAGUAUCUGGGAACGUUCUAGUUAGAAAAAAGUUUUUAUAAUCCUUUGUAACCCCCUGUAACCCCUAGUCACCCCCUGUCACCCCUUGUAACCCCCUGUAACCCCUUGUAACCCCCUGUAACCCCUUGUAACCCCCUGUAUUGCCAUGUCAUUGAUCGUGAAAAUAAAUCGUGAAAAUACGAUUUUCGACGUUUUAUAUAGCAAACAAGCGUUUCUGAACAACGAAAACAUCGGUUUUAAAAACCCACAAAAUUGACAUUUUUCCAAAGAGGUUAGUCCAUGGUUUUGGUCAAAAAUUGGAAAAUUUUGUUAACGUUUCGUUUUAUGCAAAAUACACCGAGAAAAAGUAUUUGGUGACGUUCUCGUUAGAAAACAAGCCUUUCUAGACAGUAUAAACAUGAAUUGAAAAAGAAGGCAAAAUUGGCAUUUUUGCAAAGGGGAUAGUCCAUGAUUUUGGUCAAAAAGUGGAAGUUUUUUCAUGUUUUGUGUUUAUCAAAAAUAGAUCGAGAAAAAGUGUUUGCUGACGGUCUACAUAAAAAAGAAGACUUUAAAGACUAUAAAAACAACUGUUUAUGAAAAACGCAAAAUUAGAAUUUUUCCAAAGGGGUUAGUCCAUCGUUUUGGUCAAAAAUUUGAGAUUUCUUCAACUUUGUUUUUUUAUGCAAUAUAGACAGAGAAAAAGUAUCUGGGAACGUUCUAGUUAGAAAAAAGUUUCUAUAAUCCUUUGUAACCCCCUGUAACCCCUAGUCACCCCCUGUCACCCCUUGUAACCCCCUGUAACCCCUUGUAACCCCCUGUAACCCCUUGUAACCCCCUGUAUUGCCAUGUCAUUGAUCGUGAAAAUAAAUCGUGAAAAUACGAUUUUCGACGUUUUAUAUAGCAAACAAGCGUUUCUGAACAACGAAAACAUCGGUUUCAAAAACCCACAAAAUUGACAUUUUUCCAAAGGGGUUAGUCCAUGGUUUUGGUCAAAAAUUGGAAAAUUUUGUUAACGUUUCGUUUUAUGCAAAAUACACCGAGAAAAAGUAUUUGGUGACGUUCUCGUUAGAAAACAAGCCUUUCUAGACAGUAUAAACAUAGAGUGAAAAAGAAGGCAAAAUUGGCAUUUUUGGAAAGGGGAUAGUCCAUGAUUUUGGUCAAAAAGUGGAAGUUUUUCAGGUUUUGUGUUUAUCAAAAAUAGAUCGAGAAAAAGUGUUUGCUGACGUUCUACAUAAAAAAGAAGACUUUAAAGACUAUAAAAACAACUGUUUAUGAAAAACGCAAAAUUAGAAUUUUUCCAAAGGGGUUAGUCCAUCGUUUUGGUCAAAAAUUUGAGAUUUCUUCAACUUUGAUUUUUUAUGCAAAAUAGACAAAGAAAAAGUAUCUGGGAACGUUCUAGUUAGAAAAAAGUUUCUAUAAUCCUUUGUAACCCCCUGUAACCCCUUGUCACCCCCUGUCACCCCUUGUAACCCCCUGUAACCCCUUGUAACCCCCUGUCACCCCUUGUAACCCCUUGUAACCCCCUGUAACCCCUUGUAACCCCCUGUAUUCCCAUGUCAUAGAUCGUGAAAAUAAAUCGUAAAAAAACGAUUUUCGACGUUUUAUAUAGCAAUCAAGCGUUUCUGAACAACGAAAACAUCGGUUUUAAAAACCCACAAAAUUGACAUUUUUCCAAAGAGGUUAGUCCAUGGUUUUGGUCAAAAAUUGGAAAAUUUUGUUAACGUUUCGUUUUAUGCAAAAUACACCGAGAAAAAGUAUUUGGUGACGUUCUCGUUAGAAAACAAGCCUUUCUAGACAGUAUAAACAUGAAUUGAAAAAGAAGGCAAAAUUGGCAUUUUUGCAAAGGGGAUAGUCCAUGAUUUUGGUCAAAAGUUGAAGUUUUUUGAUGUGUUGUGUUUAUCAAAAAUAGAUCGAGAAAAAGUGUUUGCUGACGUUCUAGAUAAAAAGGAAGCCUUUAAAGACUAUAAAAACAACUGUUUAUGAAAAACGCAAAAUUAGAAUUUUUCCAAAGGGGUUAGUCCAUCGUUUUAGUCAAAAAUUUAAGAUUUCCUCCACUUUGAUUUUUUAUGCAAAAUAAACCAAGAAAAAGUAUCUGGCAACGUUCUAGUUUCUAUAAUCCUUUGUAACCCCAUGUAACCCGUUGUCACCCCCUGUCACCCCUUUUAACCCCCUGUAACCUCUUGUAACCCCCUGUAACCCCCAGUAACCCCAUGUAACCCCUUGAAACCCCUUGAAAAAGUACAAGAAGUUACAGGGGGUUUCAAGGGGUUACAGGGAGUUACAAGGGGUUACAAGAGGUUGCAGUGGGUUACAAGGGGUUUCUAGGGGUUACAAGGGGUUUCAAAAGAUUGCAAGAGGGUACGGGGGGUUAGAAGGGGUUACAAGAGGUUAGAGGGGGUUACAAGGGAUUACAAAAAGUUACAGGGGGUUACAAGGGGUUACUAGGAGUUACAAGGGGUUACAGGGGGUUACAAGAGGCUACGGGUGCUUACAAGGGGUUUCAGGGGGUUACAAGAGGUUACAGCUGGUUACAAGGGGUUACUAGGGGUUAGGGGGGUUACCAGGAAUUACAAGAGGUUACGGGGGGUUACAAGCUUUUACAGGGGGUUAUGAAAGGUUUACGGGGGUUUCAAGAGGUUACAGGGGGUUACAAGCGGUUUCAGGGGGUUACAAGAGGUUAACGGGGGUUACAACAGGUUACAGGGGUUUACAAGGGGUUACAGGAAGUUACAAGAGGUUACAGGGGGUUUCAAGGGGUACAAGGGGUUAGAUAGGGUUACAAAGGGUUACAAGAGGUUACAGAGGGUUACAAGGGGUUACAGGAAGUUACAAGAGGUUACAGGGGGUUACAAGGGGUUACAGGAAGUUACAAGAGGUUACAUUGGGUUACAAGCGGUUACAAGAGGUUACCGGGGGUUACAAGAGGUUACAGGGGGUUACAAGGGGUUACAGGAAGUUACAAGAGGUUACAGGGGGUUACAAGGGUUUACAGGGUUUUUCAAGAGAUUAGUGGGGGUUUCAAGGGGUUACGGUGGGUUACAAGGGAUCACCGGGGAUUACCAUUGGUUACAGGGGGUUAGAAGGUGUUUCAAGGGGUUACAGGAUGUUACAAGAGGUUACAGAGACUUACUAGGGUUUACAGGGGGUUACAAGAUGUUACGGGGGGUUACGGGUAGUUGCAAGGGGUUACCGGGGGUAACAAGGGCUUACGAGAGGGUUUAAGGGAUUACAUUUUAGGAUAGGAUAGGAUAGGAUAGGAUAGGAUCACUGCUUUAUUAUCGGCAGAGCGCCUACAGACACGUGUGUACAACGAUAACAGAGAUUUUAGUGCAAUAAUAAGAGAGGUGUACAUUAGUAGAAUUUAUUCAACUAGACAAGGUUAUAUUUAACCCGUCUAUCUCUUUUGCGGAAGCGAUGACAUUCGUAUUUAGCCACAAUUUUUUCCGUUUUCUCUCCUUGCUUCAUACUUAUCAACGUUGGAAAGGCAGAGCUUGGAGUCAUAGAAACAAGAAAAAGAUUAGUUUCCUCUUUUAGUGUGUUGAACAGCUCUCUCCUAGGAUCCUUAUAGGGAUCUUCUAAUCCAGAUUUACAUAAUGGAGAGAUUCUUUGGUCUGGUGGUUGAUAGGGUUUAACGUGUCGACCAGUUUCAGUUGCUUGUUUGUGGUUGCUUAAUCUUAGCUUUGUGAUUGCUACUCUAUGAUUCGUAGUCAUGGGUAAGUUUAAAUUUCCUAAAAGUUGUUAGUUUGUUUUUUUUUUUAUGCGGGACCUUUCAUUCAUCAUUGUCUAUUUCGCUAGUCCAUGUUUGCUGUUCUGUGUUUAAGAGUCUCUGUCGUAUAUAGCUCAUGGUUGCGGGAGUGUUCGUUUUCGCUGACCACAUGUCGCCAAGACCUGCGAGAUUUAAUAGCCGUUUUAAUUUGCUUGGCCAAAGUUCCUUUCUGUCUUGAUUAAUUUGAUCUUUAAAUGCUAUUCCAGAGAGUUUAUUUUGGUGCUCUGGCUCACAAAAUUUCAGCCAAUAUUUAAUGGCUCUGCACUUUGUCUUCUUUUGCAUUGGGAAACGGCCUACCUCCGAUCUGCACGCAUUUGAGCUACAGAAUUUGUUAACUCCCAAAAGCCACCUAAUGAACUUUGUUUGUACAAACUCAAUUGGAUCAUUUCCCAGCUUUCCGUUGUGAUCAACCCCCCUCCCCCUAGACCUCGCUUCCGUACGUGAGUACAGCGACGUUCCUGUCUGUGGAAUGGCCUACCAAAUGAAACAAAAACUAAGCAUAUUCUCUAAAGGUAGUAAAUGUUAGAGGAAUGUCUUUGGCUUAACAUGACCUUAUUAGUUUGAGGUUUUGAUUUCAUACGUGACUGGUUUCUCCUUGGGAAGUGUAGCUUAACUUCCCGAUAUUAAUGUUCUUUAUCACUGUGAAGGAUCUUUUCUCAGCGCCAUAUUUUCCCCUUUCCAGGAAUCUGUGAUAUUACUUAAAGUUUCUCUGAAAUGAUUGUCAUUGUAAGCGGUCUUGGCAUAUUUAACACUAUUAUCUAGUUUGUUUCGACCAACUGCGUACUUCAGAUUGUCUUCUUUUUGGCCGCAGUUCAUUUAAGCUUAUCUUUCUAGUUCAAGUGUUAACCAAGACUCAUGGUUGGUUCUGAUGUUCCUUUUACGACCUGGUAGCUUAUAGUGUUGUUUAGGGGUUGCAAGGGGUAACUGGGGGUUACAAGGCGUUACAAUAAGUUACAUGGUGUUAUAGUGGGUUACAAUCGGGUGCAAGGGGCUACAUGGGGUUACAACGGGUUACAAGAGGUUACAGAAGGUAACAAGGGGUUACAGGGGGUUACAAGAGAUCACAGGGGGUUACAGGGGUUACUCGGGGUUACAAAGGGGUUACAAGAAGUUACAGGGGGUUACAAGGGGUUACAGGGGCUUACAAGAGGUUACAGGGGGUCAAAAGGGGUUACAGGGGGUUACAUGAGGUCACAGGGGGUUACAGGGGAUUACUGGGGGUUACAAGGGGUUACAAGAAGUUACAGGGGGUUACAAGGGGUUACAGGGGCUACAAGAGGUUACAGGGGUUACAGGGGGUUACUAGAGGUUACAGGGGGUUACAGGGAAUUACAAGGGGUUCCGGGGGUUACAAGGGGUUACAGGUGGUGACAAGGGGUUACAGGGGGUUACAGAGGGUUAUAAGAAGUUACAGGGGGUUACAUGGGGUUUCAGAGGGCUAUAAGGGGUUACAAGGGGUUACGGGGGGUUACAAGAGGGUACAGGGGGUUAGAAGGGGUUACAGGGUGUUACAAGAGGUUAUAGGGGGUUACAAGGGGUUACAAUUGGUUAUAGGGGGUUACAAGGGUUUUCAGGGGGUUACAAGAGGUUACAGGGGGUUACAAGGGGUUACGAGGGGUUACAAGAGGUUACAAGGGGUUACAAGGGGUUACAAGAUGUUAUGGGGGGUUACAAGGGGUUAUAAGGGUUACAGAAGGUUACAGGGGGUUACAAGGGGUUACAGAGGGUAACAGGAGGUUACAAGGGAUUUACAAGGGGUUACAGGGGGUUGCAAGGGGUUACAGGGGGUUACAAGGGGUUUCAGGGGGUUACAAGAGGUUACAGGGGGUUACAGGGGGUCCUCCCCUGAAAGUUCCCUGCCUCAGUUACGUUUUCUAAGAAAGAAAGUGGUAGUGUCGUCAAGUCAUACUUGCCAUUUUGUCGCGGGUGCUCUAGCCUGCAGUGCGGGCGUUUACUUCGGGCGCGCGAAUGUUUUGUUCGCGAAUGCGCAUGUUGAAACUCGAAAGGAGGGGAGAAAAUAGGGCGAGUCAACUACCUUUAGGGUUACUAUUUUUACUCUCCUUAAUCUUCCUCCGUCAUAACAAAGAUGGCGAUUACAUUAGUACGAACAUAAACAAGCAGCUUUCGCCCGCCCAAAAUACGCCUGCACUGCAGGCUACAGGUGCUGAAACGCAGUUAUCAGCAACUCACUGCCUCGUCCGCAGUCGCUUGCGAGUUAAGUAUUAUGGAAAGCGGGGACGAAAGAAGUACUCCCCACUUGCGCUCUGCGUUCGUUCCCAUCACUCCCCACUGGCGCCAUGCGUUCGUUGCCAUCAUCCCCCUCUCGCGUUUCUCACUUGUCUCCAGCUCUCGCGCUUUUCGUUAGUUUCCUGCUUCCCACUUAGCCGUAGGAAAGCCUGAGGAGGAGGCAGGGCAACUGAGACUAUGGCGUUUUAUUGUUUAUUUUGAUACAGUUUGUUUGAGACGAAUGAGAGACUAAAACAUCUUCCAAUGAGUUUGAUGCAAGAAGAUUCUCUCAUACCUAUGGUAAGGUUGACCUUUUUACGCCUCUCUAUUCUACUCCAUUGUUCCUUUCCUGUGUUUUAAGUUUUGACUUGCCAAUACCAUUUACACUCAAGAGGGGAACACCACCUUAUAGACCGACUAUACCAAUGGUUUUGGUGAUGCGUGGGCCCGCUGCAACGCAGGUUAUAAAAUUGAGAAUUUCUCUACCUGUCUAUUAAGCUUUCCUAGCCUCAGCAAAAAGAUAUUCGAGGUUAGAGCAACGUGAUCUUGAAUUAGACAAGCAGCACAUGCGUAGCAACCAUUUAUAAACCAAGUAGCGUUCUAAGUGACCUCUCCCAUAAUGCAAAUAAAGGCUGCCGCCUUCUUGUAAAUAUUGUAUGGGGCAAGUAAAGAAAGAAAGGAUGAUUAUGAUGUUAUGACGAUGAUGAUGAUGAGGUUUUUGUAAUGAUAUUGAUGAUGAUGAUGAUGAUGAGGUUUUUGUAGUGAUAUUGAUAAUGAUGAUGAUGAUGAUGAGGUUUUUGUAGUGAUAAUGAUAAUGAUGAUGAUGAUGAUGAGGUUUUUGUAGUGAUAUUGAUAAUGAUGAUGAUGAUGAUGAUGAGGUUUUUGUAGUGAUAUUGAUAAUGAUGAUGAUGAUGAUGACGACGACGAUGUAAUGAUGAUGAUGAUUUGAACUGGCCGUAGCUAUUUUAGCGUCAUUUCCUUAUUUCCGAACUAACAGGUUUCUCUUCCACCAGUCUUUAGCAUUGAAGCUUUCUAUUAAAGACCUUCGACGAGAACAUGAAGCCCAGUUGUCAAAACGACCCAAAGGAAAGGCAACCGGAUCUAGGUGACACUUGUCAUUGCAGAGGAAGAUACAUCAAGUCUAAUCUCAGACUUAUAGCUUAUUCAGAGAGAUAAUAUUUUGGAAAUGACAAAAUAG